AUUCCAACCAAUCCUUUCUCUUAAUUUCUUCAUCACCACCCUCACUCCCUCCUACUUCUGCAAUCAUUCUCAGUUUCUCACAACCAUCAACUCUCUCAGUCUCCACCACAACAACCAACAAUGGCUGCUGCCUCAUGCUUCCACGCACUCUCAACCCCAGCCAGAUCAUCAUCAUCAUCAUUACAGUCAUCUUCAUCUCGCCUGCCCGCUCCGAUCAAGCCCAACCAGCUCAUCAUCCGCUCACAGAAACGUGAAGAAACUGCAACCAAUGACGCAGCCAUCUCUCGCCGCUUGGCUCUUACUGUUCUGAUCGGAGCAGCUGCUGUUGGCACCAAAGUGUCCCCAGCGGAUGCUGCUUAUGGUGAAGCAGCUAAUGUGUUCGGGAAGCAGAAGUCGACUGAGUUUUCGCAAUACACUGGUCCGGGAUUCAAGCUGUCGGUUCCGGCAAAGUGGAACCCUAGCAAAGAGGUUGAGUACCCCGGUCAGGUGCUUAGAUAUGAAGACAACUUUGACACCACUAGCAAUCUUGCAGUCAUGGUUACACCUACCGAUAAGAAAGCGAUCACCGAUUAUGGUGCCCCUGAGGAGUUCCUCUCCAAGGUUGAUUACUUGCUCGGAAAGCAAGCUUACUUUGGCAAAACCGCAUCUGAGGGAGGAUUUGAGCAAGAUGCAGUUGCAACUGCAAACAUAUUGGAGGUUGCGACCCCGACUGUGGAUGGCAAACAAUACUACUUUUUGUCUGUGUUAACAAGGACCGCUGACGGAGACGAGGGGGGCAAACACCAGUUGAUCAGUGCCACCGUUUCAGACGGAAAACUUUACAUUUGCAAGGCACAAGCGGGUGACAAAAGAUGGUUUAAAGGAGCAAGGAAAUACGUCGAGGGCUCUACUUCUUCAUUCAGUGUAGCUUAAGAUCGUGCUUUGUAAUUAGUAACUACCACGCCUAAGUGUAUGGCGUUUCUUUUGUCGAUCAUCGGCUUAUCGAGACGUUUGUAUUUUUUUCAAUCAAGUGGUUGUGGAUAAAUUGUCUAAACACUAAUCAAUAUAAUGAGCCUUUUGCAUUUA